AUGAUUAUGAGCAUAAGUGAUUAUUGUGAGGAUAGCAGUGAUGAUUGUGAGGAUAGUGAUGAUUGUGAGGAUAGCAGUGAAGAUUGUGAGGAUAGCAGUGAUGAUUGUGAGGAUACCAAUGAUUGUGAGGAUAGUAGUGAUGAUUGUGAGGAUAACAGUGAAGAUUGUGAGGAUAGCAGUGAUGAUUGUGUGGAUACCAAUGAUUGUGAGGAUAGUAGUGAUGAUUGUGAGGAUAACAGUGAUGAUUGUGAAGAUAGUAGUGAUGAUAGUGGGGAUAGUAGUGAUGAUUGUGAAGAUAUUAGUCAUGAUUGUGAGGAUAGCAGUGAUGAUUGCGAGGAUAGCAGUGAUGAUUGUGAGGAUAGCAGUGAUGAUUGCGAGGAUAGCAGUGAUGAUUGUGUUGCUUGGAUUCUUGAAGAACAAGUUAUGGUGAUGCUAUUAGUAGUUUAG